AUGAAUGGGUCCUUCAUCGAACUGAUAAAGGACAUUAAGCGAGACGACAGCGUCCAAAAUGUGGAGAAGCACUACGACCUGUGCGUUAGGAGUUUGAAUGAAAUGAAUAGAAGGAGAAGAGCUAAGGAAAAGGAACCUAUAUUUACGACAUUACUCAGUUCAAGAACGAAGGACAAAUCUAUCACGCUUUUAAAAUUGCUUUAUCUUCAAAUGUAUGGAAGGAAAAUAGACCCAGAACACAAUUUUGCAGUCAUUGAAAUGCUAACAUCGGAUAAAUAUUUUUUGAAGAGACGUGGCCAUCUCUUCCUUCACCACUCCACUGCUAGAGACGACGUGGCAUUUCUCUCGAUUAACCUAUUCAGGAAAGAAUUGUACAAGGAAAACUUCCCCACCGCAUCAUGCUCUAACAACACGACAAAUGUUAUUAACUCAUUAGCUAAUAUUGGUUGUAGUAUUAUGAAGGAGAACAUAGGCUUGCUUCACAACUCUGCAAGGACAUAUUGGAUAAGCUCUGCGGGUGGUGGUCAGUCGAAUGAAUCUUCUUCCCGGAGUCAUUUACCCAUUGGUGCAGAUACUUCACAUGAACAGGAAAAAAAGAAACAAUUCGCACAUACAAAUUGUAUAACAAAGGAAGCAAACGUUUACAACACAGCUCUCGUUCUAAACACACUGAGUAAUAUAUGCACCCCCAUCAUGAGCAGCAAUUUACAUAAUCAUGUGUUGCAUCUCCUUAAUAAUUCUCAAGUGUAUAUAAAAAAAAAAACAAUUAUAAGUCUGUACAAAAUUGUAAUAAGUAAUUUAGAAGCGUUACCACUCUUUUUCGAUUCAGUUAAAAAGAGCUUUGUGUCUCUGUACAAUAAUGAGAGUACUUCGUAUGAUCAAAUGGGCACGGAAGAAAUGGAUCGUGCGCGACGGGACAACACUGCGCUGUGCUGUCUCAUUGUGAAUAUUCUUGCGGAGGUGCUCUCCGCUUUGGAGGGGCGCGGGCACGCCUCCAACAGCGGCCACACUUCCCACAGAGUGAGCCAGCACAGCGUGAGCCAGCACAGCGUGAGCCAGCACAACGUGAACGAGGCCAACGUGAGCGGGCACAACAUGAGUGGGGACAACGGGGCGGCAGUAGCAACCUACCUCAAAAAGUUCCUCUCGUUCAUUCCCUUCAUUUAUAACAUCCUCAACGAACGACUCACCCUGAUUGGCAACUGGAAGUUCAUAAAGAUUAUAAAAUUUGUGAAAAAGCUAAUUAAAUAUGAAAAUCGAAUUUACCGCAAGUUCCUCCCUUUAAUUGUUCAUGUGUUUUUUACGAACAAAGCCAAGAGCGUCAUUUAUGAGUGCCUCAGCUUUGUGCUGGUCAACUACCAGAAGGGGUGUGUAAUUGAGUUGGACCUCGAGCGUUACGCGUCCUGUCAACUGGGCAGCUUCCAAUCUAGCGUUGAAUCGGCGGCCCAGCAGGGUCUUCACGCAACUGCCCAGCGACGCGGUGAAGGGUUGUGCGGUGAGGGGACAUGCGGCGAGCCCGUUGAUGGCCGCCCACCCCCAGAUCCCAUGGACAGGCUGCUCCACCUCUGCUUCACUCACCUGGCAAACAACUUCUACAGCGAAGACAAAAACAUCGUGUACGUGAUAACAAAAAUGUAUAUGUCCAUUUUUGCGAGCCCAGAUGUUAAUAAAAAAUUUGCAGAACAGAACAUGCUGGAAGAAUUAUCUUCUAACGUGUUAAGAAGUUUCUAUGAGGACGUAACGAUAAGGAAGAGUCUCCUUCGUAUCCUGUACUACCUCAUGAAUGAAAAUAAUUUCGAAUCCAUCGCAUACAACAUUUUGACCCACCUGUAUCACAAAUCUGAGGGCGACUUUGUAGGAGAGUACGUAGACACCAUUUUGUUAUAUGGGCAGAAAAAGGCGCACUUGAUGCAAAAUUGCAAUUUGUAUGUGUUUAUUUUAUUUUACAUGCUCUGUAUUAAGAACCACAAGAAGGAGUCUGAGGUGAUUCAGGAGAUCCAGCGCGUUAACAGCACUCAGGAGGGUACCACACACAUCACCACGAACUUUCUAAGCGCCAUGUAUGUCGUGACGUACGGUGGGGCGAUCAUGCGGCGUGACGUGGCAGGGCGUGAAGUGAGAGGGCGUGACGUGGGUGGGCAUGCCGCCUCACAGCAAGGGGGUCCCCAAAGAGCAACGCAACAGAAGGAGGAGACCCACAACACGGAGUUGCUACACCAAAUGAAUACGUUCCUCAAGGAAGUAAAGACGCUCGAUGCGUUCGCCAGAUACGACAUAGUAGAGUACAUAAUGGGGACACUAAACAUAAAUGGAAGUGAUGAAACACAGGACAAGGAAGAGGAUCCAUAUAAAGACAUAAACCAAGUAGAGGUGGCAACUUUUGAAUAUCUCCUUUAUUUCGUAUAUGCAUACCUGGAAGAAGCACAUAACCACAUAAAAGAAUAUAAGAAUGAACACUUUUUGAAGAUUUUUUUUUUCUCCUUGUACCUUUUUUUUACUCAUUUCAGCAUCAGUAGCAUUCUCUGGUAUGUCGGGAAAAUUCUUUUUUUUUUUUAUAAGUACGAGGAGAAUAGAAGUAUGGUUCUUUUUUACUUGAGCAAAUUUUCUGGUCAUGUGAGUUACCUCCUUGGCAGACGUCACAGCGUGGAGACCCUCGACUGUUGCGUUACGUUGAAAAUGCUGUUUCAUCUCCUGCGCAAUGAGCAUCAUGCAGAGGGGGAAGAGGACUUCUCCCCCAGUGGAGACCAACCCAACCGAGGGAUCCUCUUCUACUCCUGCGUCACGGACUACCUGCAGCUGGAUCCCUCAGAGGACAAGUUCAAUUUGGAGAGUCCCUUUAAAUAUAAUGAAGCCUUCUUUUUACCCCCCGAGGAAAGUCGCUCCGGGGAGUAUAUUCCGGACGCGGUUCAAACGCCGUCGAGUACUAAUGAGAUGAAGCUUCCCUUGGCUGAGGCAAAGACAGUUGCUUCCACCGCUUCUGCGAGGACCCCUUCAGACAUUACCGCCUCCGCCUUGACGGUCGAUGAGACACCCAUGCCCCGUGCAGACACUCAUGAGGAGCUCUGUGCGAAAGGAGAAGCCACCCCACACGGAGACCUCCUAACCUGGUUGACAGAACUGAAUGAAGAACAAAGCAAGUGGAGACAAAGGGAUGGGAAGCGGACCUUCCACCAAAUAAGCGAGAGUGCCUACCUCAAAUUAUAUUUUCAAAUGAAUCAGGAUGAGCGUCUGCUCCGUUUGUAUGUUCAAUUGGUGGGGUCUCCUGUACAUGUUAAAAAGCUAAAUGUGCGCACCUCUCUCCAAGUGAAUAAAUUCCAAGUGGAAUUCAAACAUGAGCAAGACGAAUUAGAAUUCGUUCUGUUACAGGAUGAAAAAGUGACCCAACAUACUACCAUCGGCGAUGACUUAACAAGGAAAAAGGAUGAACCGAGUGGUCCGUCUCGCGAAGCGAAUCGUCCUGAAGAAAUUGCCAUCACCACACUAACCGAACUAACCACUGUGGAAGAGGUCACCAAGAGUUUUCUCAUUACUGUUCAGUUCCAAGUUCCGUCCGGCUCCGUUAAGUUGGCCUACUCCUAUUUGUGCAACUCGAUUUUGUAUGAAGAGUCUUCUGUUGAUAUUCCAUUCGUGCCUCUCGAACCGGUGGCCCUAUCGGUAGACGAGCUUACCAACGUGAAGAAGAGAAGAGGCAUGAACAGAACCGUAACGGAGGAGAUAAAAAAUUUACAGGAGGUCCAUCCAAGUGAAUUAAUCUUUAGUUGUUGUGUUUUUCUGGCCGAGUACCUCCAUUUGUUUUUUUUCAACAUGGGGAAAGUUUUUUCAAACUUGCAAAGUGGCUACGCUGCGGAUACGCUUCGCCUCAUUUUUUGCGCGGCUCGUACGUCUAGCAGGGAGGUCCCUCCAGACAAAACGGUGUUUCUAAUCAACGUGCAUUACAAGAAAAUGGGUCAGACGGGCGACCCCCCCACGUACAGGGUCGAAGCGAAGAUGAAAGUUCUUAACGACUCCGAGGAGGAGUGCGUGCGCAUGCUAGACUAUGUUCAGUUCUACCUGACCAAGCUGCUCACCGGCAGGAUCAAAAUUAAGUCGCCCCGCAUUGCGCUCACGCACGGGUAG